GUGCUGGCCGGCCGUCAGACGCGGACGGACUCUACUUCCUGCGGAUCUGUGCGCUGGAAGAGGCGGAGGUGAGUCGCUGCUAGCGCCGCUGCCCGCGCGGCGCACUCGGUUCCCCGCUCUGCUCCGACAGGAAGCAGCCAACGGAUUAUCCUGCUCGGCUCGGCGGCGCGUUAGCUGGCCGGCUAACGGUAAAGUCAGCAACCGAGGAGGAGGAGCGCCAUGAAAAGCCGCCGGAGACGGUGAAACGACGGCUUCAGGAGCCCUGCGAACUUCACAACCCAAGCCGGGAUUUAAACCGCAGCUUCCGAAGACUUGACCGGCGAGGGACCGAAAAAUGAAGAAGCAGUUCAAUCGGAUGAAGCAGCUCGCCAAUCAAACCGUUGGCAGAGCGGAGAAAACAGAAGUCCUCAGCGAUGACCUCCUCCAGAUCGAGCGGCGCAUGGAGCUGGUGCGUGUGGUGUCCCACAACACACACAAAAAGAUGGCUUCAUGUCUGCAGGGACACAUCGGUGCAGAGGCAGAAAAGAGACAUUCCGUACCACGCCUCUAUACAGGAAAUGGUCAGAAAAAGCUUCCCCUCACCGCUCUUUCCCAGGCAAUGAUGGAAGGCGGGAACCAGCUGGGAGAAGACUCCUUGAUAGGGAAGAUGAUGGAAGUGUGCGGAGAUGCAGAGAACCGCCUGGCGUCAGAGCUGAUGCAGCACGAGCUGCAGAUAGAGAAGGACGUCCUGGAUCCGCUCAGUCAGCUCGCAGAGGUUGAAAUCCCAAACAUCUUGAAGCAAAGGAAGCAGUUGGCCAAGUUGGUGCUGGACUAUGACUCUGCCAAAGCGAGGUGGUUGCAGGCAACCAAGUCGAUUAUCUCAGGUACAAACACACAGGCACUGACGGCCAAGGCGGACCUUUUGAAAGAGGAGGUGGAUGAGGCCAUGAACAAAGUGGAGCUCUGCAAGGAUCAGCUGGCUGCAGACAUGUACAGUUUCUUCUCCAAAGAAGGCGACUAUGCUCGAUACUUUAUAACCCUCUUAGAGGCUCAGGCUGAUUACCACAGAAAGUCCCUCACUGUUCUGGAGAGCGUCCUGCCCACCAUCCAGGCUCAGCAAGACUCGUGGAUAGAGAAACCUGCGUUUGGCACGGCGCUGGACGAGCACCUGAAACGGAGCGCCAGGGAGAUCGCUCUGCCCAUGGAGGCCUGCGUCAUGAUGCUCCUGGAGACGGGAAUGAAGGAGGAGGGACUGUUCAGGAUCGCCGCAGGAGCAUCCAAGCUGAAGAAGCUGAAGGCGGCGCUGGACUGCUCCACCUCCCAGCUGGAGGAGUUCUACUCUGACCCCCACGCUGUGGCUGGUGCUCUGAAGUCCUACCUGAGGGAGCUGCCAGAACCUCUCAUGACCCACCAGCUUUAUGACGAGUGGAUCCAGGCGUCCAGUGUGUCAGACCCGGACAAACGUCUGCAGGCGCUUUGGGUUGUUUGUGAUAAACUACCAAAGAACAACAGGAAUAAUUUAAGAUAUCUGGUGAAGUUUUUAGCCAAACUGGCUCAAGAUAGCGAGGCAAACAAAAUGACUCCGAGCAACAUCGCCAUCGUCCUGGGUCCCAAUCUGCUGUGGGCCAAGACUGAGGGGAGUCUGGCAGAGAUGGCAGCUGCUACUUCCGUGCACGUGGUGGCCAUCGUGGAGCCCAUCAUCCAACAUGCAGACUGGUUCUUUCCUGAGGACGUGGACUUCAACGUCUCUGGCAUGUUUGUGAUGCCCACACCUGCCUCCAACCACAAUAACCCCUCGGAUUAUGACUGUAGCGCUGCUGAGAGGAAGAGGCCCAACAGUAUGGUUGGACCGGAGACUGACGCGGCACGCAAAGACAACACUGCUAACAAGCACUCGGACCACACCCUCCGUAGAGGCAGUAACACCUUAAGUAGAAAGCAGCACACUUCACCCGCCUUCCAGCCUCCUUUACCCCCUGUGGAGGCUCAGCCCGGCGCUGAGCCCCAGCCGCCGGCUCCAGCAGGGGGUUCAGGGCCUGACACUUCCCCGCAUAGCUUGACACAGAGUCCGCCGCCGCCGCUACCUCAGCACACAGAGGAGCUCAGUAACCCAAAGUUACGCGAUUCCGCCCCCGGCCCGACCCCCAUGCCCCAGAGGAAUGGCUGUGGAGGGGGCAGUCAGGCUGCAGGCCAGCAGGCUGCUGGAGGCUCUGGUUCUGGAUCCACGGGCCCGAGCCCCCACAUGAUGCGCCGAGGUACCAAGAAGCAGGCCCCCGCCCCUCCCAAACCGACAAACCCACCCCCCAGCCAGCCUGGCAACUCUUCAAACCACGCCUUUUCCUCUGGCUCCUCCCAGUCUACAAGCCCCACCCCGAGACCCGUGUCCAGCCACUUCCCCACCUCCCCCACCUCCCCCCUGCAGCCGUGUGCCACUCCCAGACGCCAAAGCAAUCAAGCUCCAAUCCAAGCCCCCAACCAUCCGCCCCCAGAACCCCCCACCCAGAGCGGCUCCCCGGCCUCGCUCAGCCAGCCCAGCGGGGACCAGCACAGCGCCGAGGCCUCCCCACCAGGCACCCCCACCCCCCCAGACACCCCCCCACCUCCCACCACCGGCCAGGACGUCGUAGCUCCUCCCUCCCAGUCCCUUUACCAGUCUGGCUCGCUUCCUCGACCGCGGCCCGUCCCCAAACCUCGGAACAGACCCAGCAUCCCUCCGCCCCCCCAACCCUCCACAGCCAGCAGCGAGACCAACGGGGUCUGUGGCUCCGCCUACAAGACGAUGGACCCGACCCUCGGGGGGCUGAGGCGAGCGUUGGUCCCAGAGCUCGCUGUGGACCAGCAAGCGGUGAUGACCUCCUCUUCCUCCUUCCUGCCUCAUCCCAGAGACUGCGACCUGGACACGGAGAGCACCGUUCUAUAAGGAGAUGGCUCCGCCUCGGCCUCCUCCCUACGUUAAAGACCUCGUCUGCUUCAAUCGCUUCACCUUUGACCUCCUCGUCCAACCUCCCGCUGCGAUUUCUGCCGCCGCAGCAGCAAACGGAUGAAGGAGAAGUCUGAGCUGAUUGCGUCAGGUCUUUGUGAUCCCUGAACUAUGAAGACGCUGAGCUGACUGCGGAGACGGCGGCGCCACAGGAAGUGGACGGACGAGCCUCUGAAUGUUGAUUUCCCCGUAAAUGGCCUUAGAAUCAAAGUGUGUCUUUUGGGGGUGGAAGGGUGACGAUGACUGCAGGUUUCCAGUCAUCUCAGACACUUUUUGUUUGUUUUCUAUCACUUUUCUAUUUAUUUGGUAAAGUAGCAAACACAUAAUCGAUGCAGUCUCUGAAUGAAUUCAUGCCUUAUGGGUUCCUCCCAGAUCCUUUAUUUCCUGUCUGGAUGUUGGCAGAAGUGUCUCUGGAAAGUGUUUGAGUCGUCUCCGUCAGUAUUUUGGCCUUCCUUUCCCUCCGUCUAUGUUACAGCUGCUGCACGCCGCGGGCUGAGCAGAGUGUAGAACCGGGUCCGUGUUGCACAGUUGCGAGGUUUCUAAUGAAGCGCCUCUCUGGUCUUUCCCACUGAGCCGAGAGCCGCCCCGACCUCUCAGCAGUGACGUGGUGUCAGAUUCUGCCAGGUCAAAAGAUGUCCUGUCUAUUUUCUAUGUGAGCCUCUUUUUUUUUUUUUUUUCCGGCCUCAGUUGGGUUCCAAUUGGACCGAGCCGGUGUAUGGUACCAGCGGAGAAGGUCUGGGACGCAUCAGAGAUGAUGGACGCGUCAGGUUUCCUCUUCCUUCUCCUCUGCGUUUAACUGCCUUAUUGCUGCGCGUCUCCAGACUCUUGAAGACGGACGCCAUCGAGCUGGAGAUGAAGCUCCUGCCUUUCCAGGCUCGUCUAGUUUCCCCCGGCUGUGGAAUAAAUUGUGUAAUAUAAAAGCGUGGUUAUAUACUCUUUCCAAAGAAAAUAAAGCAUAAGAACAAAUA